AUGAGUGGACUACCUGCCAUAGAAACUUUUGACUGUGAGGGUGAGCCCUGUGUGGAAGGUCCAAAAAAGAAAAGAGCUAUGCUUCUUCACUCCGGUGGACUGCCCUUACAGAAAAUAUACCACAGCAUUCCAGGGGCCCACGUCGAUGAACCGCAAGACGAUAACGAUGUUUUUUUCGUUGCUGUGCAAAAGCUGGACGAAUAUUUCAAACCCAAAUAG